GAUAUAAGUGACGGAAAGAAGCGAGAACCGGAGCGGUUUGUUUAUGUAAAGAAUUAAAGAUUAAAUCUAAUGAAACCACAAAGCUGCCAAAAGCGUUUGGAUUAAAAAUGAAAUCUGAUGGUAUAAGGUGAAAAUCAUGAUUCACCGGUGUUCAGUCUGUCUGAAGCAGUUUGAUUUCUUCUCAAAGCUUCAGCGACAUUUACUCACACAUUCUGGAGAGAGACCUUUCUCCUGCGCCGUCUGCAAGAAGGCUUUUCGCCAAGCGUCUCAUUUAAAGGCACAUUUAAGAUGCCAUUCGAGGCCGAACGGCACUUCCGAGCGCGCGUUGGGAGCAGAUGAGUCGGAGGUGUCUUGUACAAAUUUGGAAGAAGGUUAUGUGCUCAACGUCCGAUCAGAGAUUUUGAAGGAUGCAAAGUCUGAGAGCCAACCGGACCAUCAGAACUGUAAAUUCUGGGACCUGGAUGAUGUGAAAAAUGCUGAAUUGGUUCCGUAUUCAGAAGAUGCUACGAUUACGCAGAACAAAGUGGACGGUAGUGAUCAAACCCAAGAGCAGCUCAGAUUUAGGUACAGGAAGGAAGACCGACGAAUAAUGGAUGAUACUCACACGCUGAAAAAAAAGACAGCAAAUCUGCCAAGCAGGUACCAGUGUGCGGUUUGUCUGAAGUGCUUCUCUGCACCUUCCAAACUUAAGCGUCACGUGCUGAUUCACUCCAGCCUGAGACCGUUCGGCUGCAAGUUUUGCACCAAGGCUUUCCGACAGCUAGCUCACCUCAAAGUUCACAUGGUUACACAUCUAUCGCAGAGGCACAUCAGAGCAAGGCGAAAUAUUCCCAAAAGUGGCAAGAGACAUCCACAGGGUACCACGGAAGCCUUGAAGUGCCUCUAUGAACCUCAGAAGAGGAAUCCGACAGAAGAGCCUGUACCUGUAAAGGAACCGAACGAGAGCACCUUUAAUAUGGAGUCUUUUCCUAAGAACAUGACGAGUUUGAACUAUAAAUGUCCAACAUGCCUGAAGUGCUUCAGCGCGCCAUCCAAGCUACGUAGGCAUUGCCUUAUUCACACCGGUCAAAGACCGUUUCAGUGCUCGAUAUGCGGCCGAGCGUUUCGGCAGCCGUCCCAUCUGAAAUCUCACUACAGUGUCCAUACUGGAGCCAAAAAGAAGAAUUCCUUCCUACAUCUGCCUGGUGCCAACCGCACGUCGAAGGCGAGGCUAAAGCGCCUUGUGAACAACAGUCUUGCUCAGAAGUUCCACAGAUCUGUAAAACAGAACCUGCAGAAACUAAAAAUGACUCGAUCGUCACCUGGUACAAGGGUCACCGUCGACAGUCGUGCUUCAGAAGUCGCCCUCAGGACCAGAUUGAACAGAAAUAGUAACAGAAUUCAGGGGUACGUUUGUACGGUUUGUUUGAAGGGCUUCAACGCUCCGUCCAAACUGAUGCGCCACGCCUUGAUACACACAGGGCAAAGGCCUUUCAGGUGUCCAGUUUGCUGCCGAGGUUUCAACCAAAAAGCAAACCUAAAGGCGCAUACAUGUAGAGGAAAAAGCAAAGCCACCCCAAGUAAGGUCCAGAUAUUAGAAACCUUGAUUGAUUUGGACCAAACUGGCACCGGAACUAUAGCUAGCAUCAGUGCGGGUGCAACAGAUAGCAAGGACGACUUUCUGUCCGACAGUAACGUGGUGGAAAGCAACGCCAACGACGUUUCUUCAUUAAAAACAAUUUUACCAGAUGAUACAGAUCUUGCUGCUCCCAGUACAAAUCCACCGUUUGAAGCUUCUGGACCGCUGAUUUUGCCCGAGGAAACUAAAGAAUCCAGUUAUCAGUGCACAAUAUGCUCAAAGACCUUCAACUUCCCUUCCAAACUUUCCAGGCAUCUGCUGAUCCACACGAACAUCAAGCCGUUCAAGUGCACCGUCUGCGGCAAGUCCUUCAGACAGCUCUGCCAUCUACAGUGUCACUCCAAGGUUCACACUCGUAAUAAGACUCCAUGUGCAAGCAAAGGUUCCCGCAGCACCGAUACAUCCGUUCCUAAGAUGUCCGAAACGAACACAUGCAGACCAGUUUUAGGAAGCAAUGAAGACCGAACUCAGAAUCUGGUUAAACGUGAAGACGUGGAGCACCAGAUCUCCAGAUUUCCAGUUCAAAUCCAAACGGAAGAUCAAACUCAAGCUGUAUCACCUCCUAAACAGAUGACAAGUUCAAGCAAUUCUUCAUUUUCCCAAACGUUAAACUCUGAAGUCACCAGCUCUUCAGUCCUUAAGUUAAAUCAAGAACAUGCCACACCAAAUUCUGAUAAGAUGGUGAGGAAACAUGAUUCUUCACAAUUCCAUUCCUUCACAGUGGAGAAAUCUGUGUCCUUCAUUCCAGACUUGGAGGUAACUAAUCCUCCAGCUGAAGUUCAGGAGUCAAAUCAAGCACAAACUGCUAAAACGAUCUCCAACCCAACGAAGAUUGGAGCCAACCAGUGCACUUUCUGCCUGAAGACUUUUGAUUUUCCGUCCAAGCUUACCCGGCACUUGCUGGUCCACACGGGGAUCAGGCCUUACAGGUGCCAAAUUUGUCACAAAUCGUUCAAGCAGCUGAGCCAUCUCCAGUGCCACCGGUGGGUCCAUAGUAGAAGAGGAAGCACCCUGAAGCUCGAACACACAGAGAUCUCGUCGAGUUCUCAAAACUCUUCCGGUUCUACGACUGCUUUUAAUGAACUGGACCUUCCUCAAGAAGAUCACAUCAUGUACAGCGGACAUCAUCAUCAUCAGGCCUGGAUUUCCAACGGCAACAGUGACGAUAACAGCUUCAGUUCGGCUCAUGUAGCCUGCAGGAUCAAGUCUGAAACUGAUCCUCCACAAGAUGAAUCUGGUUACUCCGUCUUACAGCACAAAGAAGAUCCACCUGCCACUGAUGGGACUUCCAGAAUCCUGUUUUCCUCAGGUCAGGACCGACAGAAUGAGGUUUGGUCUAGCAAUCACGGUCAGCCUGCGCAGACCUUCUCAAGCAAGCACUCGUACAUGGACUGGUCCAGCAGAUCAGAUACAGAGGAACAAUCCAGCGCUGAAAUGUCCAUUUGGAACGAAAUGCCUCAACCAGAAAGUGUUCAGUCCAGCAAUCAUGGUACACAUUCGUACAUGGACUGUUCGGGCAAAUACUUUGAACAAGUUGACCAAUCCUGUGUCGAUGGGAACUCUGGAAAUCCAGUUUGUGGUUUAGAGCAAGAGUUUAUGUUUAAAGAAAGUUUACAUUCAGUUCCUGAGAGUUCAUCAACCUUCUGUGAUAACUUCAGGCUCGGGUUCGAUUCUUAUCAGCACGAUCCGUCACGCUUCAACAGUUCCAAGACAGAAGAAGAUCCAGUAGCUCCUCACCACCUACCAAAUCUCACAAAACCUCUGAACGACCUCCCGAUCUGUUCUUCCUGCAGCCAGUGUUUCAACACCGUAGAGGAGCUCCAGGUACACCAGUGUCCGGUCCUCUGUCCUGAAGAAAAAGCCAGACGUUCCUACCAGUGCGCCGUCUGCUUCAAAAGCUUUGAAGCGCCGUCGAAAUUAAAGAGACAUUAUUUAAUCCACACGGGACAGAGACCGUUUCACUGUACCCAGUGUGACAAAGCCUUUACCCAGUCCAGUCAUCUCAAAACACACAUGCUGUCCCACAGGUAGCUUAUUUACCUUCCUGUAGGUCUAACAAUCAGACCAGACUCCAUUUAAUUUCCCAAGAUUACGAAUGUUCUGUUGAUCCAUCAUGAGGUUCUAUCACGCAAGCAAGUGCAGCUUCUUUUAGAAACCAGUUCUGAGUUAAUGUGACUUUAUGGUCUUUAUGAUUAGACCCAACAGAUUUUGUUUUUUGGUUGAUUAUAAAACUCUUUUCUGAGGCGUCUCUGUACUUUCUGUUCAUUCAUGUUUACUUUGUUGAUCAUGGUGCCCCCACCACCAUACUUCACUGUUGGUUUGGUGUAUUUAA